UUCCCGCGCCUUCCGGCGGCGCCUCACGCCCCACCCCCCUACAGUCCUCGUUGCUGUCCCAGCUCCUGGGGUCCAGAGGGCCCGGAGGAGGCAAGGGGGCACAGCCGACUCCGCAGCCCCUGGCUGCAAGCCAAGAGAACCCGCUUCCACCUGCAAGCCCGGGAAAACCCCACCAACGUCCACAACGGCGCCGAACCCUACAUCCCAGCCUUCCGAACACCUUACGGCCCCUCACCAGGCACACGCCCCCGUUUAAGGCGGCUCCUUGGCCCUCUCGCGAGAGAGUGCCUGGUGGUACCUCCUUCCUUUCAGCUGUCUUUCUCUCCCCGCCCCCAGAGUGAUUGCGCGGCUUCCUCCGGAGGGCGGGAGCCUUGGACGUGGCGAGGCCGGGCCAGCCUGGGUGCCGGGCCUGGGGCGCUCUGCUGGGCCGCUCGGUGGGCCAGCCCUCCGCACCCGCCGUCAACCUCCCGCCGGGCCCCGCAGCCGUCAAGCCUUUCCAGUUUGGGGCGGGUCCGGAGAACGGAGAUGGAGUCGUCUCUUGAGGCAAGCUUCUCGUCCAGCGGUGCGGUGUCCGGGGCUUCAGUAUUUCUGCCUCCGGCUCGCUCGCGUAUCUUCAAGAUAAUCGUGAUCGGUGACUCCAACGUGGGCAAGACGUGCCUAACCUACCGCUUCUGCGCCGGCCGUUUCCCCGACCGCACCGAGGCUACUAUCGGGGUGGAUUUCCGAGAACGUGCGGUGGAGAUAGAUGGGGAGCGCAUCAAGAUCCAGUUAUGGGACACAGCGGGUCAAGAACGAUUUAGAAAGAGCAUGGUACAGCAUUAUUACAGAAAUGUCCAUGCCGUUGUCUUCGUGUAUGAUAUGACUAAUAUGGCUAGUUUUCAUAGCCUGCCAUCUUGGAUAGAAGAAUGCAAACAACAUUUGCUAGCCAGUGACAUACCACGGAUUCUAGUUGGAAAUAAAUGUGACUUGAGAAGUGCCAUUCAAGUACCUACAGACUUGGCACAAAAAUUUGCUGACACACACAGUAUGCCUUUGUUUGAAACCUCUGCGAAAAACCCCAAUGAUAAUGACCACGUGGAAGCUAUAUUUAUGACCUUGGCUCAUAAACUUAAGAGCCACAAACCAUUAAUGCUUAGUCAACCCCCUGAUAACGGAAUUAUUCUGAAGCCCGAACCAAAGCCUGCAAUGACAUGCUGGUGCUAAGUUACAGUCUUUAUUAUACUAUCUAAUUUUGACUAAAGAAAUGCUUUUGAAGUAUGACAGUGAUAAGUCAUAAGAUUUAAUCUCAAAUAUAAUGGAUCAUCCUGAUAUUUUACUGUUUAUCAUUGUCAUGCUAAUUUUUGUAUUUUGUAUCUACUUAAUUACAUUUGUCAUUGUGACAACACAGGGCAAAAGUUGGUUUUCACGUGUGGUUGAAAAUGAAGUAAAGGUAGGAUGAAUUAGACCAUCUUCCCAUUGAGAGCCCAGUGAAGGAGGCUUCAAAUGAGAGCACGAUGGUAUUUUAGGAGUAAAUGACUGUUCAAUCCUGUGUUCUGGAAUUGAAAAAAAAAUUAAGGGUUUAGGACAUACUUAGUAGGUAUGUUCUUUGGGAAGUGUUCUCAAUAGGACAAAACUGCUAUUUGCCUCUCCCUGGAGUUUUGUCUUUGUAUUAUUGAUGUAUUUAAUUACAUUAUUAUUGGUACAUUUGAGAGCCAAGACUGUAUUUAGUUCCAUUGUGGGGAGAAGGCAUAGAAUAUUUUCUGGUUCUCAGUGCAUAAAGAAUGACUUCCAGUGAUUCUAGAUGCUUGAUAUUUCUAAUCAAUAUAUCAAUCAGAUCUACAGAAGUCAUUGUUAUUUUUAGAAAAAUAAUUUGAAUUGUUUUCUUACUAAAUUCUAUUAGAAUAUGCAAAAGCAAGUCUGACUUUAAUGUAAAUGAAGUGAUAUAAUAAGGUGCUUUAUAUUUUAUUUUGAUAUCUUUAGUGAAAAACCAGUUGAAAGCAUCGGAGGAGUUGUAACUUGGGGGGAAAUAGGUAAAUGUGGUUCCUGGCUACCACAGGAGACCUCUUCUCUUAGCUUUUAGUAAUUUCAAGCUGUGUAUCUGGCCUAGUAUCUCUUGCUCUCCCCCACAGUCAGUCAAUUUAAUGACUAAAGGUUGAAGUAACAAAUCAACUUCUAUUUGGAUUGUAGCUCUGAAGGCAUACCUCUAAUUCCUAGGAGUCUACAUAUAUUUCUGUAAUAGUAUUGUGUUACAGUGUUUCAGUUUUUAAAAUCUUUAAAUUUUAUGGUCACAAGAAGCUAUUCCUCCUCAGUAUGAAAAAUAAAGUAGAUAUUGAGAAAUACCUUGUCUCUCUCCCUCAGUGGUGUAAAGAAUAGUUCAAGAAGUUUCUUACCCUAAGUAUGUUUAUUUUAAAUCUAAGACUUUGCACAUAGAAAAUAGUAAGUUUGCAUACAAAGCUAUUACAUGAAUGGAACAUAAGCCAUGAACUUUAACUGAAGGGUGCACAUUCACUAGUUCUGAUAGAUUGCUGUCCUUGAUAUUUUAGAGGUAAUUAAGCCAAAAGAUGAUUAUACUUACAGUAUUUUCAGAAUGUGGGAAAUCAAAUAUGUAAUCUAAUCUAGUUUAGGAGUUUUGUUUAAUCAUCAUGGUGAUCCUAAUUGGAUAAUUUAAUUAUAAAAACAAGGUAAUGCUAUUAAAUGAACUGAAAGAAGUAAUUAUAGGAAAUAAUUAUUCAGUUUUAAAUAUUAGAGCUUAAGGAAAAACAAGUUGGCUUUAUCUGUGUUUAGGGAGAUUAAUCCAAUUUUCCUAUCAUGCUAGAAUUAAAAAUGGUUAGAAUUUAAAUUGUUGAUUUGUAACUAUUUUUGUAGUAAAACAAUGACAAGUGUGCUAAUUGUGGUGGAUGUAACAGUUUUUUAAAGAAGGGAAUCUGUUUGUUGCUUUUAAAACAUUUUCUAAAGUGUGGGAAGAAAGUUUACAAAACUUCCAAGCACAUUUAUGUUUUUAAGUGCUGUUAAAAUGGUUAAAAAAAUAAUUUAACUGUUUCUUUUUAUAAGAACGUAAUGUAGGUAUCCUUUACAGUUCUGUGAAAGAACUUAUUUUUUCACUUUAAUAUUUAUUAAUUUUAAAAUAUUUGUAUCUCAUUUAUAAUGAUUUACUGUUUUAAUUUUUUCUACAUAUGUUUUUAUUUUUUAAAGAGCAUACUUAUCAGUUGAAUGGGGAUAAAAGUUUUAGAUAUUUUCCAGAAUAUUUAUAAAACACUUCCUUGUUGAGAAAUCACUUCCAGAAUGGUGGUUAUCAAACAAAUAAUUAUAAAUUUUUAAAGCACAAGUCACAACAUUUUGUAACUCCUGUGUGAAUUUAUUUUAAUUGUGAUCCUUAAUUGAAAACAUCAGGUAUCUUUUGGGAAAGUCUUAAUUUGAGAUCAACCUAAGGAAGCUAAUCCAGAAUCUAAUGUAGUUAGCUAUUAAUGACAAUGCUUUAUUGACGUACAUUGCUAAUAUGUUUCCUCAUGGAAUCUAAAGUUAAAUAAUUUCAUUGUGGAAUAGUGUCAUUGUAACAUUUCUUUAUGAAGUUCAAUAAACCAGCUUUGCCAUAAA